AUGCAUAAAGGCUGUAUUCACAAGAAGUUUCUGAAAGAAUGCCUUCAUAUGUUCGAAAGCCUUACCGUUCUUGGGUGCCCACGGCAGCCUGCUUGCAUUCGCGGUUUCUCCUUGACCAUUCGGUCUAUUAUGCUGAUUUGUGAGCACCUGACAUCUGAGUAUGGUUUCAGAUACCUUCUGACUCGCCAUCUCAACCAAGAUGCACUCGAAAACACAUUCUCUGUAAUAAGGUCAAAGUCUGGUGCGAACGCCAAUUCCUCUUGCCGGCAGUUUCAGGCAGCCUUUAGGCAUCUCCUAGUUAGCAACUUGUUUAAACUGUCUGACAAGAGCAACUGCGAAGAGGACAUGGCAACUCUCUUAGCGGCUCUUCCGGUUGGUUUCUCAGCUCCCACAGCUUCACUUAGUCUAGGAAGCUCACUUCCACAAUGUGCAGCUGACUUCACAUCCUGUAGUUAUCCCACUUCAUUAUCACUUAACAACAUGGUUUACUUUGCUGGAUGGCUUGUAACAAGGUUUGUUAAAUAUGAUACAUGUCAAACCGUGACUGAGCAAUGUGAAUCGCAAAUCAAGAAUGCCACUUUUUCUGAUGACAGCCAAGUGUUGUUGUAUUUGAGUGUGAAAGGAACGGCUGAAGAAGACUUUGGAAGACUCUCGGUCCCUUCACCUUGCUUUGUUUCUUUCGUUCAAGCUUGUAAGAAGGUUUUUGUGGCGUCAAUUGGCAGUCUUGUUUUGAAAGAAGGCGUUGGGAAGGCGUUGUGCAUCACUCUUCAUGAGAAGGUCGAAAAGCUGCUGACACUCUGCUGUAAGGAUGUCUAA